GCCAAGUGGUACAAUCAUGAGGACUCUAAUCGCCGCCAUUUUGAUGUCUUGCUGUUCCUGCACUCUGGGGUCGGUGGCUCCGGGGUAUGUCCACUCAGCUCCUCCAGCAGUACCACCCUACGUCACUAGAACAGAUUUCCUAGUAACUCCUAGGAAGUAUCCAGUCAUUGCUCCGUUUCCGCCACCACCUCCGGCGUUCCUGCCCCCGGCGUUACCACCCCCAGUAUUGCCACCACGAGCUCUGCCACCCCCAGCUCUACCACCUCCAGGACUACCCCCUCCAGCUGUAACACCAGCAGUAGCUCCUAGAGCAUUCCCCUCCUUUUACCCAGGGACGUUUCCUCCAGCUCUGCCUGGACCUUUCUUUCCUUCGGCGUUUCCUCCACGGGGUUUCGCUCCCCUUCCUCCCCCAGGAUUCUUCCCAUCUCCCUUUUACUCCUCUUUCAUCCCUUCUCCCUACCCUCCCUUCACGAUACCCGGGUCUGCUGUCUUUCCUCCGUUCAUAUUUAAAAGAUAGACACAUGUGAUGUAUAGUUUCUAUUAUCUAGUACAAAUGUAUUCCUGAUGUAAUCUACUGCUAUGUAUCAUAGUGUAAAUUACACUAAAUAAACGUGUUGUUGUUUUUGUAAUGUA